AUGGCGACACCUGUCCUGCAACUUGCGGCACGAGGCUACGGAUCUAACGAAACAUACGUCUACGAGUACUCGAGAGGACUGGGGGGUGUCGAUGUCCCGCGCGAUGUGAUCAUCACCCGCAUCAUCUACUCUUCGGUGAUUGUUCUCGCCUUCUGUGUGUUCUGUGGCCGGAUUGCCCAGAUCAGCCAUGCAUAUCUCCGCCACAUCACAUCAUGUACUGCAAACCGUCUGCAGCAGAUGUUUUGGCAGCGGGAGACGUCAAAAGUGUGGUCCAACAUAAAGAAACACGUUUUGUAUUCCCCACUGGGGAAGAAGAGGCAUAAUCGAGAGAUUCAACUCUCCUCGGCGGUUGGAAUCGGCACGCUACCCUCCCGAUUUCAGACCAUCUUGAUCACCUUGUACUUUGCAAGUCAAGUUGUGUACUGUCUUUAUCUAGACUAUGCUGUUAACAAAAAAGCUGCGUUAAUCGCAGAGCUGCGCGGGCGCUCAGGGACGCUGGCCAUCUUGAACAUGGUCCCACUUUUUCUGCUGGCAGCGCGAAAUAACCCUUUGAUCUCGAUUCUGCAUGUCAGUUUUGAUACCUACAAUCUUCUCCACCGGUGGCUGGGCCGCAUCAUUGUGGUGGAGUCUGUCGUCCACACUGCCGCUUGGGCAGUUAAUGCUGUUGACGAGCAAGAUAUUGGAGAUAUGCUGUCACGCCUGCGAGACACGCCAUUCUUCACUUGGGGAUUGGUAGGUACGGUGGCCAUGGUUUUCCUCAGCCUGCACUCUCCUUCGCCAAUCCGCCAUGCAUUCUACGAAACAUUCCUCCAUCUGCAUCAACUCGCCGCGUUUCUAGCCUUCCUCGGUGUAUGGUUCCACCUCCACCUGGACAGUCUCCCACAGCGCAGCUGGGCCAGCUGUAUCGCCGUCAUCUGGAUCCUCGAGCGCAGCACACGUCUCAUCCGCCUCGCAUAUCUCAACCUCUCCAUCAAGCACGGCUCAACUCAUAUGACCGUCCAAGCCCUACCAGGAGAAGCAUGCCAGGUAACCUUCCAACUACCCAAAAGCGUACGCAUCUCACCCGGAUGCCAUGUCUACACCUACAUCCCCUGCAUCUCAUGGUGGAUGUCUCACCCAUUCUCCAUAGCCUGGGCCGAAGCCAGCUGUCCCAAUCCGCACUCUCCACGCUACUGCCACUCCAAAUCCACCGACUCAGUCCCCAGUCUAUCCUCCUUAGAAAAGCAAUCCGACGAUCUAGACACCUACUUCGAGCCUACCCACCGCCCAACAAAAGUCUCCCUCAUCGUCAGCGCCCGCCAAGGCAUGACCCGCCGCCUCUAUAACCUCGCCCGCAGCAAACCAAACCAAAUCCUCCACACACCGGGCUUCAUCGAAGGCCCCUACGGCUCCCAACCAGCCAACGCCUCCAGCUAUGGCACAGCCGUGUUAUUCUCCGCCGGCGCUGGAAUAACCCACCACCUCAUGUACGCGCGGGACCUCAUCGAGAGCGCCGCGAAAGCCUACGCCGCAACCCGCCGCGUCUACCUCAUCUGGUCCGUUCGCUCGACAGACCAGCUCGCCUGGGUAAGCCAAUGGAUGGACCAAAUCCUCCGACUCCCCGGUCGACGCGAGAUCCUCAUCGUGAAGGUAUUCCUCUCGAAGCCCCGGCGCGCAGCGGAUAUCGUUUCCCCCUCUGCGACGGUGCAGAUGCAUUCUGGUCGGUGUCGUCCCGAUGUGGUUCUUGAUGGGCUUAUGCCGAAAAGUGUGGGGGCGACGCUAGUUUCUGUUUGUGGGCCCGGUGCGUUUGCGGAUGAGGUUAGGGCUGCGGCAAGGUGGAGGAUUGGGAAAGGUGCUGUGGUGGAUUUUGUGGAGGAGGCCUUUACUUGGUAG